AACCCUCCCCUUUCCAGGAGAGAGAACAGCAUACUUUUUCUUGUGAUUGUUUUGGUAGGAAAACCAACUCCUGUGAAAUUUAUCCAAGGAAUAUGGCUGAGAGUGUUGUAGGCUUUCUAAUUAAGCAGCUCUCCACCUUACUUUCCCAAGAGAGCACGCUUUUGGGUGGACUUCGACCAGAUGUUCAGUUCAUCAAAGAUGAACUCGGCGACAUGAAUGCUUUCCUCAGACAAGCUGAAGCGAAGGAGGACAAUGACUCUCAACUCCAACAAUGGGUCAAGCAGGUUCGAGAAGUUGCUUAUGAUAUAGAGGAUGUUCUCGAUGAUUUUGCCUUCCGCUUUGCUCGUGGACACGCGGAUGGAUUCUUUGGCCGUGUUGAAAAGAUCUACAGCUCAACAAAAAAUCUGAAAGCCCGCCAUCGGAUUUCUUUGGAGAUAAAAGAUAUCAAGGCCAGAGUUGUAGAGAUUUCUGCAAGGCAUCAGAGGUACCAGUCCUUGUAUGGUACUCAAGAAAUAGGCCCCCGCUCUUCGCACGUGGCAAACGCAGAUUGUGAUAUUCGUGAUCAAGCACUCCUGAUUGAAGAGGCUAAGCUUGUUGGCAUCGAUCAGCCCAAAAAAGAGCUCAUCUCCAAAAUCCUUGAUGACCAUUCCCACUUGAAAGUAGUUUCAGUGGUGGGAAUGGGGGGACUCGGUAAAACCACCCUGGCGAAAAAGGUCUACGAUGAUGCUGCAGUGAAGAAACAAUUUCAGAGCCAUGCUUGGAUAACUGUUUCUCAAAAUUUUCAAUUCAAAGUCAUCAUCAAGAACUUGAUUCAACAAUUGUACGAGGAAAUCAGACAGCCGGUCCCUCCGCAAGUGGAUUCCAUGGAAGGUAUUAGGCUCAGCGAAUUUGUCAGAGACUUCCUCAAAGAAAGAAGGUACAUCCUUGUCCUUGAUGAUGUGUGGAGUCAAAAUGCUUGGGAAACUAUCAAAUAUGUAUUUCCUGACUGCAAUACUGCUAGUCGUGUUGUGUUGACAACACGAAUUACCGAUGUAGCUUCUGCAUCCUGUUUGGCAUCCCAUGACUUUGUCCAUGAGAUGAAGCCCCUCUCUUAUGAAGAUUCUUGGACUCUUUUUUGCAAUAGAACAUUUCAAAGUAAUGGUUGCCCUUCAAAUCUAGAAGAAGUUUGUAGAAAAAUACUAAAAAAAUGUGAGGGCCUACCACUUGGAAUUGUAACAAUGGGUGGUGUUUUGGCUCUGAAGGACAAGGACAGGAUAGAUGAAUGGGAGAUGAUUUUUCGUGGCUUUGGCAGUGAGGUAGAUGGUAGCGGUAAGCUUGAUAGAAUUAGAAAGAUACUCUUACUUAGCUACAGUGAUUUGCCUCACCAUCUCAAAAACUGCCUAUUAUAUCUAAGUAUCUAUCCUGAAGAUCAUCCAAUUAAUGUCGAAAUUUUACUUGGUAAAUGGAUAGCACUAGGAUUUAUAGAAGAGAAGAAGGAAUGA